CCAUUGACACGAAGAACGAAGCUUUUUGUCCUCUGUAAUCACCAGUGAUCAUUGACUGCCUGCCCAAAAAUUGGACGGAAUGAUGGGCAACUCCGAUUGGGCUCUAACUGCACCCCCAGGUCCUGCAGUUGCCACAGGAUGGGGAAGUUCAGGCCACCCUAAUUAAGACCAGAGAAGCUACUCAUAGCGGUACCUACAGUGCCUACCUACCGAGUAUUCGCUAACUGGGCUUGGGGCAGAUGAUCGACGUCCACACACCUCGAGUAACUUUCCACCAGGCUGCCAUCCACCAGAUCCCCCGGCUUGUGAGGCGCGAGGACAAAUGAUUCCUACAUCUAGUCCCGCCUGUAGCCCCUUCCGUUGACCCUGUACAGCCUCUUCGCAGGAAUGUCGAAUGCGCAGGCGGCCGCCUCCCUGUUCGAGGCCUAUGGCCAGUUCCCCAUCGCAAGGACCUUCGCAGCCACCGAUUCAGUGCCCGGACUUCUAGAUUCAGAAGUGCCCGCUUACAGUGCCGCCUUUGAUGCGGAUCCUUCGGCUAAGAGGCAUUCUGCCUGCGAUGAGUGCAGAAAGCGCAAGUUGAAGUGUUCGGGCGAGCCCACUGGCUGCGAACGAUGCGUCAAGCAGAAUUUGACAUGCCAUUACUCAGCUCAGAAGCAGAUGGGAAGGCCGCGCAAGAGACAAAAGACUGACGACUUCCCUCAGGCCGAUGAGAUCUCCGUCGCAAAGACGUCUCAUUUCAAUGGUGGCCUGCAACCUGCUCCCAUUCCCGCUGAUUACCAGCAUCCUCUUCAUCCUCCACCGCCCGCGGUUGUCGAACCCGCGAUCGACCCCGAACUCUCUGAAAAAGCUGUUGAGCGGACAAACUUUGAGAACAUCUGCGUUGCCCCCAUUACCCAGUCGAUCAAACGGUCCAGCCACGACGCCCGCGCGGCCGCCGAGAGGGCAGGCCCUUCGAACACUGGCAAUGCCAGCAGCCAUCUACCUUCCCAAGGCUCGAGCAGCACUUCGCCAUACGAUGGGCCUCGCACGCCCCCAGGUGGAAGUGACGUUAUGUCCCGGGUCUCCUAUCCAACUGAUGUCUCGCAGUGGCCUGACUUCAGUGACAUGACCAUGCUCCCAAUGCUGGUGCAAGACAGCCAUGAAUACGACAAGUUAUACCCUGCCAACAACGUGGAUCCCAACUCUUCUAUGUCUACUGGCACAGGACCUGGGCCGUAUCCCCAACAGCCCCUCGAUCUCAACACCAAUCCCACAACCUUGACUCAACUUCCCAUCGUUCCAGCUUGCCCCUGCCUGCCCAACCUCUAUCUCACUCUAUCAACCCUGUCAUCCCUGUCCGCAUUUCCUGUGUCAUCCGGCAUGAUCGAUACCCUCCUCGCCGCACAUCGUACCGGUCGCUCAGUCAUAUACUGUCCCGUUUGCCCCCAGAGGAUGCAAUCAGGGUCCCAAAACGUAUUCCUGAGCGCCAUGUUGAUCACUGUGCUCGCAGAUCAUUGGCACCGCGUCAGAAGGGCCGGUGCAACAGAGCUGAAGAUGGGAUUUGGCAGCCUCGAAUCAGGGCCACCAGUCACUAUCGCGGAACCCAUGGGCAUCCGCGAGGAUCUCGAGUGGCGCACGUUUGGGUAUCAUCUAAUUCGCGCGUAUGUUUUUGGCGACCACCCAAUCCCUGACCCGCCCAAUGGUUCCCUUUCCAGUACUUCGAGAAAAUCGAAAGUCAUACCCACGCAUAUAGCUUCUGAGGACAGUGACACAUCCACGAUAUACACGCUCGAAUCGCUUGUGGCUGCCAUCGAACGGCGCCAGAAGCAAUGGCACGACGUUGAACCCUACCGCAACUUGCAGGAAUUUCCCCCUCGAUUAGACCAUCAGCAUCAUUUACAUGCUGGUGCUUCAGGGAGUGUUCAUGGUUUGCCACGGGGAUACACACCAGGGAUGACGCUCGAGGAUCUCAAGAAGUGCGAGGAAGAGUAUCGCGCUAAUGGCGGUCCCGAGGAUGGAUUACUGUGUUUGAAGAUUGUGAAGCAUUCAAGGGUCAUGCUGGGGACUUUGGAUGGAGGCGUACCGAGAAUUGAGUGACGAAUUGAACAUCCAUCUCGCAAGCGAAAUUGGUAUCAUCAUGGGUUGAGCUGUUUGCGGACGGAUCAGAAUAAAAGUCAACCGUGGACCAGAAAAGUUUUGUCUACGUUGCCGGCAAUGUCUCUCUGAUUGAAAGCGAAUUUGACGGCCCUCGCAGUCUUGGAUUUGAGAACUAGACUGUCGUAUGUGAUGUUUCGCCUCCAGAGGGGGACCCGUGAACACUCUUUGCUUCUAGCCCGUUCCCGUGCAAGCGCACUGUGUUUAUUUAUAUGUAUACCCAGGAAAUGGCU